AUGAGCAGACCACCAAACUCACCACCGCACACACAACAAAAUCCCUCGUCUCCGAUAACCCAAUCGAUACCUCUUCAAGACCUUUCAAGGCCGCCUGGUGAUUAUAACAUGUCCCGGCAUGGGGAGGGGGAAGGAGCAGCCGGGUCGGCAAGUUCGCGCAAUACGCAGCGACUUUCGCCGUCCGCGGCUGCCAAUCUGCCAGGCCUAUCGACAUACUGGGACCAGCCGCAAGGCUUUUCAAGUCAUCGUCGCGAUAUUGCCGAGUCAACUUCGAGUCCGACUUCGCCAAUAGAUCCCAGCGCCCUGCAAUUUGCUCUUCCUCCGCAGAUUCAUGCUCCGCCGCCUCUAUCACGACCAUCUUCCUCGACUUCGAAUCCGUACACACCCUCGCCAUACUAUGAUGAGCCUACGAACCAGGAAUACUUUGCGUCGGACGACACUCCAUUGGCCUCUGCUGCUCAGCCAAUCUCAGGUGCUGCCUUGGCUACCCCCGGUACAGAAGCACCAUCGCGGACCAGUUUUCAGACCAUUUCUGAUAUAGACGACGGACGGGAGUCUAGACCUCGCGACACAAAAAUGCUUGGUUUCGACUUGGGACCCGAUAGACACCGAAGCUAUGGACAGAGCCUCAGCCCCAUGGAUCGCCGGGCCUCACGCUCACCAGGAACCGCUCUCCACCGAGCUGGGACGAUUGUUAGAGCCAUGUCCCAACGUGUUGUCAAUAUCAGCGGUGAAGGAGAUACGAUGGAACAACACCAGCAGCGGCGAGCCCGCUCCAGAUCGCCGAGUGUCGACAGCCGUGCUCCCCGUGAGCCAAGCCAUUUGUCCAUCCUUGAUACCUCAUACCCGUCCCAGGUCUAUCCCCCAGAGAAGAAUGGCGACUCGCGGUUUACCUUCGUGCAGGAAGCCCCCGAGCUCCAGGGCCCGCGUGUGCCCAUGGCAAAUCCCUUGAAAGGUCGCUCAUUAGGAAUCUUUGGUCCCGAUAACCCGAUUCGAGUCAAGCUCUGCGAUUUCUUGGUUAAUCCAUGGAUGGAGCCUUUCAUCCUGAUGCUGAUUGUCCUUCAAGCAAUUCUUUUGGCUGUGGAAUCUGCUCCAAAUGUUUUUGAACCAGGCAACGAACGUCCCGAGCGCUGGGCUGGAACCAAGACCGACUGGACCAUGUUGAUCUUAUUUAGCAUAUUUUCGGCGGAGCUUAUCAUACGCAUCAUUGUAUCGGGAUUCAUACUCAACGCGACGGAAUAUAGUACUAUUGAUCGGAAAAAAGGCAUCCGGGCUGCAGUAGCGGACCAGUACAAGGCCGUCUUUGGCCCACAACGCCAGAAGUCGGUCAGACAUGCCAAAGAGGAGAACUAUGGACCAUCGACAUUCGCCCGGUCCUUCACUGUCAUGCAUGGCCAAAGGCUACCAGAAACAUUCGAGGAAGCACAGAGGAUGCAAUUGGCUCGUCGGGCUUUCCUGCGGCAUGGCUUCAACAGGCUUGACUUCACUGCAGUGAUCUCGUUCUGGAUCACCUUCGUACUCAGUAUUACUGGAAUCGAAAUGCAGUACCAUGUUUUUAUUUUCCGGAUGAUGAGCUGUCUGAGAAUCGUCAGACUUCUAGCCUUGACCAACGGUACAGCGAUCAUUUUACGAAGUUUGAAGAAAGCAGCCCCUUUACUCAUCCGAGUAUCGUUCCUCAUUCUGUUCUUCUGGAUACUGUUCGCCAUCAUUGGUAUCCAAAGCUUCAAAUCGAGUCUCAGCCGACAAUGUGUAUGGCUCGAUCCUACAGACCCGACCAAUAUCACUGCAGCCUACACAAACGACCUACAGUUCUGCGGAGGUUACUUGAAUGAAAGCACUGGUGCUGAGAUGCCUUGGGUGUACAGUGAAACGUUGACGGGUACUCUGGAGAACUUACAUUUCAACACUGCCUCGGCAAAAGGCUAUCUAUGUCCCAAAGGGUCGCUCUGUCUGCAAUCGACAGGCCCUUUCAACAACACAGUGAACUUCGAUAAUAUCGCCCACUCACUGGAGCUUGUCUUUGUCAUCAUGAGCGCCAACACCUGGUCGGACUUGAUGUACUACACCACGAACUCGGAUUAUCUUCCAGCGGCCUUGUUCUUCGGUGCUGGAAUCAUGAUUAUGAUGUUGUGGAUGACCAAUUUGCUUAUUGCUGUCAUCACGUCCUCUUUUCAGGUCAUUCGAGAAGAAAGCAAAAGCAGUGCUUUCACUGGAGAAACCCAGGAACCUGCAGCUCCUGUACAGCUCGAACAAAAUCAAAGACGCCAGGUAUCGGCACUGCAAAAGAUAUACGACAAGACGCGCUUGCUCUGGAUCAUAUUGAUCAUAGUUGACCUCCUUGUGCAAAGCUUCCGCAGCGCAGAAAAUCCUCGGGCAACGUUGAUUCUUGUGACAGAUGUCAUUGUCACAAUGCUUCUCGACGUGGAAAUCAUAAUACGGAUAGCGGCCAACUGGCGCGGAUUUCAUCGAAGUUAUCGCAACUUAUUCGACUUGUUCUUGGCUAUUGCAACGACCGUGAUCCUGCUGCCCCCGAUUCGCAACGCAGAACAAGUCUACCCGUGGCUGACGGUAUUCCAAAUUCUCAGAAUCUACCGGGUUGUCUUGGCAGUACCCAUUACGCGGCAGUUGAUUCUGCUUGUGCUUGGCAACGCAGCUGGUAUUGCCAACUUGUUGCUCUUCGUGUUCCUCAUCACGUUCAUCAUGGCCAUUCUUGCUGCCCAACUUUUCAGAGGAGAGAUCCCAAUGUACGAGGACGGCGAACUCAACGAGAUCUCCUUCUACAACAUCUACAACUCAUUCCUCGGCAUGUAUCAAAUCCUCUCUAGCGAGAAUUGGACUACCAUCUUGUACAAUGUCACCUCCUACACAACCCAUCUUCAUACAUCCUGGUAUGGCGCAGUCUUCCUAAUGGGCUGGUUCAUUCUUGCAUUCUUCAUUAUCGUCAACAUGUUCAUUGCUGUCAUUCAGGAGAAUUUUGAUGUAUCUGAAGAUGAGAAACGCUUGGAACAGGUGAAGUCUUUUCUCCAGAGAAAGGAACUGGGGAACAACACUAGCAGCUUAGCCCUAUCCACCAUAUUCACGUUUGGCAAGAACCGCAAGAAGAAGGAUCCUCUGGACUAUGGGCCAGCCACCAUGGAAAUGUUGCUGAAGGACGCGGUUGUCAGAGAGUUCCUUGACGAUUCCAUGGACCCUCUCCAGCAAUCAUCUGGCGGAUCUCAGUCACCUCAGCAAGGAAAUGCCAACGGGACUGUUCGCCCUGGCGCAUGGUCAUCCAUAUGGAGUCGUGUCCGCUCCACCUUCACAAGCAAGGAGCCCAACCCCUUUUAUGAGACUAUCAAAUUCGACACAACUAAUGACAACCUUGACCCGCGAGCCAUGGCUCGUCAGGCUGUGUCGCUUACCGCCGCUCGACGCAAGGCCCAACGAGAAUACCUGACGCGACACCCUACAUACAACAAUGCGCUCUACAUUUUCACGCCCAAAAAUCCCCUCCGCCGUCUGUGCCAAAAGCUGGUAGGACCAGGCAGGGGCCAAGAGCGCUUUGAUGGCGUCGAGCCCAAUAAAAUAGCUUGGUACAUCUUCUCGGCGUUUAUUUACGCCGCUAUUGUGGCUAUGGUGGUUCUUGCAUGUGUCACCACGCCACUGUAUCAAAAAGAAUAUUUCGCGAAUAACGACUUCCACAUCACGAAUUGGUUCGUCUGGGUCGACAUGGGCUUUGCUAUUCUCUUCUCGGUUGAGGCUGCCAUCAAGGUCAUAGCUGAUGGUCUGUGGUUCACACCCAACGCGUAUUUCAGAAGCUCUUGGGGUAUCAUCGAUGCCGUGGUGCUCAUCACCUUAUGGAUCAAUGUUAUCACCCUUCUGGCCAACGAUGGAGCAGUGUCUAGGGCCGUGGGCGCAUUCAAGGCUCUUAGAGCUUUACGCCUGCUUAACGUCAGUGAUAGUGCUCGGCAGACGUUCCAUUCACUCAUCAUCGUCGCUGGCUGGAAGCUCCUUGGCGCUGCCUUCGUUUCCAUGUCCCUCUUGAUUCCAUUCGCCAUAUAUGCUUUGAAUCUGUUCAAUGGAAAAAUGGUUGCCUGCAAUGACGGCGAUAUCUACAACUUGACCAAUUGUUUUGGCGAAUAUGAAGCCGCACCGUUCAGCGACGACUGGCCAAUGCUUGCGCCACGUGUUGCGGAAAACCCGUUCUACUCGUUCGACGACUUUGGAUCGUCUCUAUUCAUCCUGUUCACCAUUGUUUCACAGGAAGGAUGGGUGGACGUGUCAUUCUCAGCACAGUCAAUCACAGGAAUUGGCCUGCAGCCGUCCGAUAAUGCGGCACCCGGGAACGGAUUCUUCUUUGUAGUCUUCAACAUCCUUGCUACUGUCUUCGUUCUGACAUUGUUCAUCUCCGUCUUCAUGCGAAACUAUACGGAGUUGACGGGUGUUGCAUUCCUCACGACAGAGCAAAGAUCGUGGCUCGAGUUGCGCAAGUUGCUGCGCCAGAUUUCGCCUUCUAAGAGCUCAUAUGACGAUUCCGAAAAGAAGUGGAAGAAGUGGUGCCAUAAGCGCGCUAUCGAGAAGCGUGGAAAGUGGUAUACUGCUGUCACGUGCGUGCUUGUCCUUCACUUGAUUUUGCUCAUGAUGGAAUACUAUCCAGAGCCCACUUGGUGGACGACAACGAGAGACAUCAUCUUUCUGAUUUUUACACUCAUCUACAUUGCCAAUAUCGUCAUUCGGGUCAUUGGUUUGGGUUGGACCCGUUUUCGAAAGAGCUCCUGGGAUGUCUUUUCCCUGGUUGCCGUAACUGGAGCUUUUGCCACCUCCGCGUUGCUGGUCAGUAAAGAGCAAAACACAAUUUGGGUUCAGCUACACAAAUUCUUCCUCGUAGCAAUUGUAUUGCUGCUCAUUCCCAGGAACGAUGCUCUCGAUCAGCUUUUCAAGACAGCAGCUGCCAGUCUGACCACGAUUGUCAACCUCCUGGCCACAUGGCUUGUUUUCUUCUUGGUUUUCGCAAUCGCAUUUACUCAGACCUUCAGUUUGACUCGUUUUGGCGGGAAUGAAGAAGCAAACGUCAACUUUCGAACGGUUCCCAAGGCCCUGAUCCUCUUGUUCAGGAUGAGUUGUGGUGAAGGAUGGAACGAACUCAUGGAAGACUUUGCCAUGAUAGAACCACCAUUCUGUGUCGAGAACAACGAGUUUACCGAUAGUGACUGUGGAAGUGCUAUCUGGGCUCGGGGCUUGUUCAUCGCCUGGAAUCUUGUCAGCAUGUAUAUUUUCGUAAAUUUGUUCAUCUCGCUUAUUUACGAAAGUUUUGCAUACGUCUACCAGCGCUCAAGUGGGCUAGGAAAUAUAGAUCGUCACGAGAUUCGUCGCUUCAAAGAGGCAUGGCGGAGCGUGGAUCCAGCUGGCACAGGAUUUAUCAGCAAGGAUGCGUUUCCCAAGCUCCUGGCUGAGCUCUCCGGUGUUUUCGAGAUGCGGAUAUACAACGCAGAAGACUCGAUUCGUCAGAUCCUCGAAGACGUCCGCAGUGAAGACCCAGGAGCCAGGCAUGGAUCAAUCGCGUCCCAGAGUGCUCUAUCUGGGAUCGAUGUGAAAAAGCUCAAUGCCAGACUGAACAAGAUCGACGUUAUAGCAGUACGUGAGCGUCGUCGACGGUUCAAUAUCUUCUUCGAGGAAGUCAUGGUCUCUGCAGAUCCUGAUAAGGGUAUUUCCUUUACAACUGUUCUCAUGAUAUUGGCACACUACAAUAUCAUCAGCGAUAGCAAAAGUUUGCGUCUGGAGGAAUUCUUGCGGCGUCGUGCUCGCCUACAGCGCGUUGAGGAAGAAGUCCGACGUCGUGUGGUCCUAGGCUUCUUUGAUACUUUAUACUGGGUACGAAGGUUCAAGAAGCAUCUUGACAAGAAACGGGCUGGACGUAUGACGGCGGUACCGCAACUGGACGUACCUGAUAUCUUUGUUGAGGAUGACGAUGGACGUCACAGAACCCCACAACGUGCAACGGUGGCUGUCACUCCUCGCGCGCGAGCUGCAACAACAUCUUCAGAGUUCUUGGCUGCAGCGGACGCCGUUCGACCUGCACACCGCAGCUGGGCGUCGAGCACAGACAUAUCAAACAUCGAUGCCCAAUACCAGCAUCCACUCAGUCUACCAAGGACACCGCCAUCCAUGCCAGGUCAUAGGGCCGACACGUCGGCCUUUAGCUUUGAGCUCCAGGAGCCUGGAACGUCAUCAGCGGCGAACAGCCGCCGAGGCAGUUCUGUAAGUCCGGCUCAGGUUCGGGAGCUGUUGGACGACUCCGUCUGGGUUGAAAGUAUUCGCCGUAGCGCCACAAUUCGCAAAUCGGUACGGAAGACGGACUGGAACCAAUACUGA